CCCAAGUUUCCCAAAAGCAGCUUAAAUCAGUUAAAUGCCCACAGACACACGCAAACAGAAAAUAGAGCACCCGUUGCUUUUGCUAAAUUGUUCCUCUUCUGAACCUCCACCACCUCCGACGUCCGUACUGCUUCCGCCACCGCGCCACGACCAACCGUUCGCGAUCCCCUCCGACUCCCUUCCUUCUUCGUCCGCCAAUCAGACGUUACUAAACGGCGAUUCAUCAAUGGCUUUUGCUUCAUCUCCCGCUCUCUGAUCAUUAGCGUCGCUUCCUCCCACACGGCGUAAAUGAGACGCUUAAUCCGCCGGCAAACUAUUGAGGAAAGAAUUAACAGACGGAAUCGCCCGAGGAAACAAUAGGACGACGACGAUGUCAUUCUUCUUCGGUUUCUUCAUCGGAGUGUCCAUUGGGAUUGGCCUCAUUGUCGCUUUAGCUCGUUACGAGUCCGUCCGAUCCGCUCGCCGCUCCGCCUUGGCAAAGACGGUGGCGGCGUUUGCGAGGAUGACGGUACAGGACUCUCGGAAAAUUCUCCCGGCGGAGUUCUACCCGUCGUGGGUGGUCUUCUCCAAUAGACAGAAGUUGAGUAACUAGUAAUUUGUGUAUCCGCCAUUGUUGUGGAACCCAGAGCUCUGACAUUUUGCUCUCCCCUGUUAUGGAAUUACAGUUAAAUUGGCUUAAUCACCAGCUAGACAAGAUUUGGCCCUACGUCGAUGCGGCAGCGUCGGAGCUGAUAAGGAACAAUGUGGAGCCGAUUCUAGAAGAGUAUAGACCAGCUAUUCUCUCAUCUCUCAAGUUCUCCAAGUUGACUCUUGGCACUGUAGCUCCUCAGUUCACAGGAAUUAGCAUUAUUGAAGAGGAAAGUGACUCUGGAGGUGUGACAAUGGAGUUAGAGAUGCAAUGGGAUGGCAAUCCUAAUAUUGUGCUUGAUAUCAACACUAGAGUUGGUGUUGCUCUUCCUAUACAGGUAAAAGAUAUUGGAUUCACUGGGGUUUUCAGGUUAAUCUUCAAGCCACUUGUUCCUGAAUUCCCUGGGUUUGGAGCUAUUUCUUAUUCACUGAGGGAAAAGAAACAAUUAGACUUUAGACUAAAAGUAAUAGGAGGCGAGUUAUCAUCAAUACCCGGGUUAUCUGAUGCUAUUGAGGAAACUAUAAAGGACGCCAUUGAAGACUCCAUCACUUGGCCAGUCAGGAAAAUUAUACCUAUUCUGCCCGGUGACUACGAGGACUUGGAGCUUAAGCCAGAAGGAAUACUGGACGUGAAACUUGUCCAGGCUAAAGAGCUAUCAAACAAGGAUGUUAUCGGGAAAUCAGAUCCUUUUGCCGUCGUAUUCAUCCGCCCACUGCGUGACAGAACAAAAACCAGCAAAGUUAUUAACAACCAAUUGAACCCCGUUUGGAACGAGCACUUCGAGUUUGUUGUCGAGGAUGCAUCUACUCAACAUCUAACAAUCAGAGUGUUUGACGAUGAAGGAAUUUCGGCAGCUGAGCUCAUUGGCUGUGCUCAGGUGGCGUUGAAAGACCUGGAGCCUGGUAAAGUCAAGGACGUAUGGUUGAAACUGGUCAAAGAUUUGAACAUCCAGAGAGAUAACAAGUACAGGGGCGAGGUACAUCUGGAGCUGCUAUACAUUCCUUAUGGGAUGGACAGCAGCUUGAAGAACCCAUUCAAUCCGGAUUACCAACUGACGACGUUAGAGAAGAAGAUCAAGUGCGGGAAUGAAGCUGGCGAAGACCCAAUCCUCGCCUCGGCCGCAUCUAGGAAGAAUGUGAUCGUGAGAGGAGUUCUGUCGGUGAAUGUGGUGGCGGCCGAGGACUUGCCGGCGGUGGAUGUGAUGGGGAAGGCCGAUCCAUAUGUUGUCCUCAUCAUGAAGAAAUCCGACGCAAGAGCCAAAACCAGGGUGGUGCAAGAGAGCUUGAAUCCUGUGUGGAACCAGACGUUCGACUUCGUCGUGGAAGAUGCUCUCCAUGAGAUGCUGAUUUUGGAGGUUUGGGAUCAUGACACUUUUGGAAAGGACAAAAUUGGAAGAGUGAUAAUGACGCUGACGAGAGUUAUAAUGGAAGGGGAGUUCCAGGAUUCGUUUCCGGUGGAUGGCGCCAAGUCUGGGAAGCUUUUCUUGCAUCUCAAAUGGACUCCCCAGCUUAAAUUUCGUGACCCUUGAAUUGAAUCUAAUUGAAAAAACCUCAUUUUGCAUUCAUACGUGCAUAUAAAUAUAAUGCAUUUACCUCAUAUUCUUUUUUUCGUACGCUUUUCACCCUUUCAUCUGAUGACAAUGUUUGAAGUUUUCUUGUUUAUACAAGUUGUGGAAUUGUAGAGAAACUUUACGGCAAAAUGAGAAAUGAAUCAAACCUUUAACAUUGUGUUCAGAUGAUCAGUGGUGGAAGUAGGUUGAAGUUAGAAAGGGUUUUGAUUUUUACAUGUAUAGAAACUUACAUGUAAAUUCUGCACAAAUUAGGAAUUAAA